AGCUCCCCAGAGCAUCAAAGAUGCGGUGGGAACAUUCUUGAUUGUGCUCAGUGGAGGCUGCAAAGAUGGCAGAGGAGUGCUCGGUUGUUGUUGGUGUGCGAAUCCGCCCUUUCAAUGACAGAGAGAAGGCACUCAACGCUCAGCUAUGUGUGGACGUGGACGGGCCAACCACCAUUCUUCAGAACCCGCCAGAAAUGGCAAUCGAGUCUGGAAAGGGGAAGGAAGCAAAGCGGUUUACAUUUGAUGCUUCCUUUUGGAGCCAUGAUGGUUUCGAAGUUGGUGGUGACGGAUAUUGUUCCGCAGCACCUGGGAGCAGGUAUGCUGAUCAAAGGACGGUCUUCGAGACCUUUGGACGCCGGAUUUUGGACAGCGCUUGGGAAGGGUAUCAUUGCUGCCUCUUCGCGUAUGGCCAAACCGGCGCUGGCAAGAGUUAUUCCAUGGUCGGCUACGGUGCCAACAAGGGCAUCGUGCCGAUUUCAUGCGAAGAGAUCUUCAAGAGAAUAUCCGCCAACACUGACUCAAACCUGACAUAUGAAGUUAUGGUGUCAAUGGUGGAAAUCUACAAUGAGCAGGUUCAGGACCUGCUUGUCCCUCCAAAAGAUCGACCAAAGAAGGGUCUCGAAAUUCGCGAGUCACAACAGCUCGGAAUCUACAUCGGUGGCGUUUCGCGGCGACCGGUGGAUUCAUACGCUUCGAUUGAGGCCGUUGUCGAGGAAGGGACGGAAAACCGGACUGUGGGUGCCACCUUGAUGAAUGCCACCUCAAGUCGAGCCCACACAGUCCUGACAAUUGAGUUUAAGCAAGUCUCACAGGCAGGUGGCCAGCAAGGCCAAAAGUUGUCCUUGAUCAAUUUGGUGGAUUUGGCUGGGAGUGAGAAGGCCGGACAAACAGGUGCAAGCGGGGACAGAUUAAAGGAAGGUUGUGCUAUCAACAAGUCACUGUCGGCAUUGGGCAAUGUCAUCGAAAAACUUGCAGACAAAGCUAUGGGGAAAGCCAAGCCAAAUGCUGUAAUUCCGUAUCGUGACUCCAAGCUCACCCGUUUGCUCCAGAAUGCUUUAGGUGGUUCAAGCAAGACAGUGAUGAUUUGCCACUUGGUCAAACUACGAAGAGACGCUCUCAACCUUGAGAUAUGCGGAUCGAGCGAAGAGGAUCAAGAAUUCUGCGACCAUCAAUGAAAACCCACAGGACAAGCUCAUCCGCCAGUUGCGCGAAGAGAACGAAAAGCUUCGCAAUAUGGUUGGUGGAGGGUCUCCAGGAGGAAAGACUGGGCCAUCUGAUGAGGAAAUGAUGCUGAAACAAUCCGAAAUUGCAGCCUUGGAGCAGGCUUUGCAGGAAAUGCAGAAGAGCUUUGCUGAGAGACUGGCCGAACAAAAGGCUGGUGCCAAGAAGGAAAAGUCCUCAGAGAUAAAAUUCCCGCACAUUGCCAAUUUGAACGAGGACUUGCUACUCACAGCGAAGCUGAAGUUUGCAUUCAAGG